GCCGCCCGCAAGAGUUUGCAGUAUCAAUCAUGAAGCUGUUAGCUGUUCUGGUUUUGUCGUGUAUCGCCGUAGCUCAGGCUCGGGAAAUUAGCUUCCAACCGAUCGUCCCAUUCCGCGAUGUCACUCGCAAUUCACGAAUCGUUAAUGGAUUCCCAGCAUCACCCGGUCAGUUCCCGUAUCAAGCGUUCCUUUCCGGCCAAACCGCCGGAGGUAAUCUUGCAUGUGGUGGCUCCUUGAUUUCCUCCGAAUGGGUGUUGACUGCUGCUCACUGUCAGGUUGGCGUCAUUAGCUUUACGGUUCGCGUGGGAACAAACAACAUCAACGAGGGAACGGUACGAACGUCCAGUGCGAUAAUUAUCCAUCCUGCAUACAACGCCAACAAUCUGAAUAACGAUAUCGGUCUCAUCCGAUUGAAUGAGCCAGUACCACUUGGAGGUAACAUCCAGGUAGUUGCUUUGCCAGAAGCCAAUCUUGCCGAAACAUUCCUGAACCGCGUGGCUACCGUUUCCGGGUUUGGACGCACCAGCGACGCUAGUGGAGCCAUUUCGCAAACACUCAACUUUGUGCAUCUGAACAUUAUCUCCAACAUUCAAUGUAUGGGAACCUAUGGCGCUGCGGUCGUGAUUGAUUCUACCGUGUGUGCCCUUGGACGCGACGCUCCUAACCAAGGUACAUGCAACGGUGACUCUGGCGGUCCGCUGACGGUUGACGAAAACGGUCAGUCCCUGCAAAUCGGUGUGGUUUCGUUCGUCGCUGCUGUUGGUUGUGAAGCUGGACUUCCAUCGGGCUAUGUGCGCACAACUCACUUCCGCGAAUGGAUCCGUCAACAGUCCGGAGUGUAGUUCUGGACAUUUAUGGAAAAUUCCAUGCAACACGGAGAAAACAUCGCUGAAUCCAACACAAGACCAAUUUUCCCGACAAACGUUAAGGAACAAAGUGCAAUACAAAUAAAUACAUCUAUCGUUUUUGUAUUUUUUUAAAUUUACACGACUCAAUUCAUUGUUUUAUAAA